GGUUCAAAUUGAUAAGUAGGAUUUGUGUUAAAAGAGGUUUCAUCGACGAUAUGAUUCAGAUAUGAGUAAUACAAUCAAUAGGGAAGCCUCGAAGAGUUCGGAUACCUCGAAACGACGAGAUCCUGUGACUCGUACAUCCGUUAAUAAUUCAGAUAAAAAAUCUUUAUUCUCCGUAAUGAGACAGAAGAUUAGAUCGAAGCUGCCCACCUUUCAUAAUCCUUUGAAGCGUUUUAUGAAAUCGAAGAGUGAGAGGGAAUCCGAUUCCGAAGUGGAGAACGUGAAUCACUGUGAAAUUCGUCCGCGUACUCUUGAGAAAAUCGACGAACUUACGAAUGUUAGCAGUGCAUCCACGCUGAACGAACAAGAUACGGAAAAGAGCAAUACCUCGGGUUAUCGGUUCGAGCAUCAUUCUGUGGAUGCUGCAAGGACGCGCGAAUCUUACCAAGACCUCGCCAGUUAUUUCUCCGAAGUCGACCCCGAUGAACCCUCGACCUCCGCUACGAACACUAUCGUCCUCUCCGCGAGUACCUUCGAUCGUGAUCUCGAGAGAACGGAGCCGAGCGAAAAUCUACAGAGUACGAUAAUGACGUCGACAACUUCCACAUCGUUCGGAAGCGAGAUAACUGAUACUGUCUCGAAUUCCAUGAACACCGAGGAAGUGUCGGAUGCGGAUUUCACGAACGUGUUGCAACGUAGUACCAUUGUCGCGGUGGCUCCAAUGGGACUGACGUUUUCUACACAAUUAGGGAAUGAAAUCGUCAACAUGUCCGAGACGACAGAGUCAAGAACGCGGGAUCAAAGAAUAGGUCGGGACGAUGUACGAGAAUUUUACAACAAUACUUUACGCAUGGUGAUUCGCAAGCCGAUGUGUCCGCAAAACGACGAGCCCAGUAUAUACUGA